AUGAUUUUCACGUUCACGGUGGGCAAGAGAAUUCUUGCUUUGGCCGUUUUGCUUGGGAUAGGUUUUUCGGGUGCAUUCGCCCCGCAUCCAUUAGUAGCGGGCCACCGACAACAUAAUGCUGUCUUGGUUGAGAAACAACGUAAUGGAACACCCUUACGAAUGUCUAUUUUCGAAGGGGUGAACGAGCCGGUGCAAAACUAUGUGAACAUUUGGACUCCACUAUUCGAACAAGCCAAACAAGCUGGGAUUGCGCCCGAAGUUUUGCUUCACUGGGGCCAUGGAGGAGCCAUGGCGAGUGUCCUGCUGAGUAUGGGAUUGAUAGGAGCUUGGAUGGGCUGGCAGAUUCGCCUGGGUAACGGCAAUGAGGUGAACGCUCUUACUUUGGGUGAAACUAUGCGGGAAGCACACCCCAAAAUUAUUGGUGGAGCGCUUUUCUUCUUUUUACUGGGUGGCCAGGGAGGUCUGGUUCUGUUAGCCUCGCAGGGCCAGCCUAUCCUGGAAUCCCCCCACGCCGUGUCCGCUGUGGUGGUACUAUCCUUGAUGGGGAUCCAAGCUAUUCUACCUCAACUAUUCGAAACAGGUGGGCAGCUCGCUCGCAACGCGCACGCCUACUUGGGGACAGCUACCAUUGCCGCUCUAUUUGUUCACUUGGCUACAGGAGUCAACCUUGGGCUUUCGUUUUAA